UUCACCAAUAUGAUCUAAUCUGGUGGCUGUGUUCGGCUUCAGCCGAACGCGGCACUAUCGCACUGCGUGUCCUCAGUUAGAAGGUACACCGUCGAGCUCAUUAGGUCGAGGAAGUGCUCAAGAUCACCACCUCCCAGUAAAUAGUUAUGGAUCCCUCAGCGCCAAUAACUCUCCGCACGCGCAAAUUCAUCACCAACCGCCUGUUGUCGCGGCGUCAGUUCAUCUUGGACGUCCUCCAUCCCUCUCGCCCAAACGUGUCCAAGGAUGAACUUGCCGAAAAACUUGCUACCAUGUAUAAGACGGACAAAUCACGCGUCGUUCUUUUCGGAUUCCGUACGCAGUUUGGUGGUGGCAAGAGCACUGGAUUCGCCCUUGUCUAUGAUGAUGAGGCAUCCCAGAAGAAGUUCGAGCCAAAGUACCGUUUGAUUCGGAGUGGCCUCCAGCCUAAGGUUGACAAGGCGUCUCGUAAACUACGACACGAAAGAAAAAACCGUGCGAAGAAGUUCCGUGGUACCAAAAAGGUCAAGGCUUCCGAGCCCCCAAAGAAGGGCAAGUAAACGCUGUGAAAGAGAGCUGUGUUGCUUUUUAUCGUCUCCUUGUUUUAUCACACUUGGUCCCACAAUGGCGAACGUACAUCUACGGCAUAUGUCACUUUAUUCUAGCAUACACAUGAAUGCCAUGCAUAUGCAAAU